AGUAGUAUCCUCGUAGAGGCUAAAACAAGGGCAAGAUAAUAUAUAUGUGUCACACACACACAUACCUGAAGAAGUGUCAACUUGCAUAGAAGCAUCCCAAGAAGUUUAAAGGCUUUUUAUCGUACUUCUUAUGAUCACGUUUUCCCGUUCACAAAUUAAGCUCUGCAUGUUGAAUAUAGGCGUUUCUGCCAAGCGGUUGUGGUGGCCGUGGCAUGCAAACGAUGAGAAAGGCGAACUUCCUGGAGCAACUCUUACUGCUUUACUCUCUGUAUUUGCGGUGUUUUGGUUCCUGUGGGCAGCCAAUAAAUCAAGGAAGGUGAUACCUCCAUUGCCGCCAGGCCCCCGAGGUUUCCCACUGGUCGGGUACCUUCCUUUUCUGGGUACAAAUCUUCAUAGGAAAUUUGAGGAACUCGCAGGGGUCUAUGGCCCUAUCUACAAGGUUUGGCUUGGAAAUAAAUUGUGGGUAGUUGUCAGCUCACCAUUACUUGUGAAAGAAGUGGUUCGUGACCAGGACACAAUAUUUGCAAACCAUGACAAUUAUAUAGCUGCUCUAGCUGUAACGUAUGGAGGAGCUGAUGUUACACUUUUACCUUAUGGUCCUGACUGGAGGAAGUUGCGCAAGAUAUUCACACGAGACCUGCUAAGUAAUGCAAAUCUGGAUGGUUCUUUUACUCUUCGGAGAGAAGAGGUUAAGAAGUCCAUAAGAAAGAUGUAUGACAAAAUUGGCACUCCCGUAGAUGUUGGGGAAUUGGCGCUCGUGACGGUGAUGAACACCAUCGUGAGCAUGGUGUGGGGUGGCACGCUGCAAGGAGAUCAGGAAGGGACAGAUAUUGGGUCUGAGUUUAAGAGUAUGUUGUGGGAGCUAAUGGUGCUAGUUGGAAAACCAAAUGUUUCUGACUUUUUCUCUGUGCUUGCAAGGUUUGAUUUACAAGGGAUUGAAAGGGAAGCAAAGAAGAUUUUCCAAUGGUGUGAUCGCAUUUUUGAUUGUGCCAUUGAUAAACGGAUGAACUUGGCCAAGGCCAAAUUAGAAGAGGGGCCAGGAAUGACUGAACAAAGGAAAGACUUUUUGCAAAUUCUCUUGGAGCUAACGGAGCGUGAGGAUGCUGCAACAUCACUUAGCAUGACCCAAGUGAAGGCCUUGCUUUUGGAUAUAGUGAUAGGUGCAUCGGACACUACAACAACGACACUGGAAUGGCUGGCAGCGGAGCUGAUGCAGCAUCAAGAGGUAAUGAGAAAAGUCAAUGAAGAAUUGACACAAGUUGUUGGUUUGGACAACUUAGUGGAAGAGUCCCAUUUGUCCAAAUUGCAUUAUUUAGAUGUUGUCAUUAAAGAGACCUUACGUUUGCACCCAGCACUUCCUCUCAUAGUACCUCGUUGUCCAAGCCAAUCUAGCACUCUUGGUGGGUACUGGAUACCCAAAGGUACUAGGGUUUUGUUAAAUGUUUGGGCUAUACAAAGGAAUCCAGAGUUUUGGGACAAUCCCUUGGAAUUUCAACCGGAGAGGUUCCUAAAUGAUUCUAUCAAGGUGGACUAUUCUGGCCACAAUUUUAACUAUUUUCCAUUUGGAUCCGGAAGAAGAAUAUGCGCGGGGCUUCCACUUGCAGAGAGGAUGCUAAAAUAUAUAAUAGCUUCGUUUUUGCAUGCAUACGAGUGGAAAUUGCCAGAGGAUACAAAGCAGGAUUUUUCAGACAGAUUUGGUUUGGUUACUAAGAAAGUGCAGCCGACGGUUUUAAUUCCAACACCAAGGCUGUCUAAAUCUAAGCUCUACACAGAAUAAACUACUCUAUAUCCAUAAAUAUCAUGCAUGUAUAUAGCGUAGUUAAUUUCUCGUGUCACAGAUUGUACGUACGUACUCAUGUGUGGCUCCCCGAGCAUUACUUGUCAGCCUGUAAAUUAUUAUGAAGCAUGCAUUAUAUAAUGUACUUCAAUGUUAUAUCCUUUCUUUAA